AUGCCAGCCGUAAGAUCCGCAUAUGAUCCCAAGGACAUGCAGUUCCGCCAUCUCGGCCCAACGGGUCUGAAGGUGAGCGUGCUGUCUUUGGGUGGAUGGUUAACCUAUGGAGGUACAGAGAAGGGCGAGAUUGUCAAAAAAUGCCUUCAGACCGCCUGGGACCAUGGUAUCAACACCUUUGACACAGCAGAGACUUAUGCUUCGGGAGAGUCUGAGCUGGAGAUGGGUAACGCCUUGAAAGAACUUGACUGGCCUCGUGACGAAUAUGUCCUUACCACUAAGAUCUUCUUUGGUACCGGUCGCAAGGAACCCAACACUCGCGGACUUAGCCGAAAACAUAUUGUUGAGGGUCUUAAGUCUUCUCUCGAACGUCUGCAACAACCAUAUGUUGACGUUGUUUUCGCUCACCGCCCUGAUUAUGCUACGCCCAUGAGGGAAAUCGUGGAGGGCUUCACUCAAGUCAUCCGAAACCUCAACCUAGCUUAUUACUGGGGUACGUCAGAGUGGAGUGCUACCCAGAUCAUGGAAGCCACCCAGAUCGCAGAGCGAUAUAAUCUCAUCGCACCAGUGGUCGAGCAGCCCCAAUACAACGCAUUUCACCGCCAGCGAUUCGAGGUUGAAUACGCACCGCUCUUUGAUCAAUUCAAGUACGGUACCACAAUUUGGUCUCCGCUCGCCUCUGGCCUAUUAACUGGGAAAUACAACAACGGUAUCCCCGAAGGAUCGCGUUUCGCCAAACACGGAGAGUUCUUUGACGGUACUAUCAAGUCAUUACAGACGGAGGAGGGUAAAGCGAAGCUUGAGAAGGUUAAGAAGCUGACCGCAAUUGCGGAACGCCUUGGUGGAACUACUGCAUCGUUAGCUUUGGCUUGGACUCUCAAGAACCCGAAUGUCAGCACGGUAAUUCUCGGCGCCACAAAAGUUGAGCAAAUCGAAGACAACGUCAAAGCUCUUAAGUUGGUGGAUAAGAUAACACCGGAUGUAUUGGAGGAGAUAGAGAAGAUUCUUGACAACGCACCUACUCAGCCCGCGAAGUUUGGUCGUGAGAGGUAG